AUGGCGGCGGGUGGUAAUGUUCGUGGUUCCGCCGUCAAGGCUCUUCAGAAGGAAUUCAAGGAACUAGCCGAAACUCCAGUUGAGGGAUUCAAAGUUACCCUAGUUGACGAGUCGAACUUAUUUGUGUGGGAUGUAGCAAUUUUUGGCCCUCCGCAGACACUCUACGAAGGUGGUUACUUUAAGGCUCGUUUAUCUUUUCCUCCGGAUUAUCCUUAUCAUCCUCCUUCAAUGCGUUUUAUAAAUCCUAUGUUUCAUCCGAAUAUUUUUGAGAACGGGAAUGUGUGCAUAUCCAUUUUGCACUCCCCUGGCGAAGAUUUAUUCAGUGACGAACAUCCCUCCGAGCAGUGGAAUCCUACUCAAAAUGUUCGAACUAUCCUUCUGAGUGUCAUUUCUUUGUUAAAUGAACCUAAUAUUCACUCGGCUGCACAUGUGGACGCGUCUGUUGCGUACAGAAAGUGGAUUGAAUCUAAAGGAAAAGAAAAAGGGUACGAGCAGCGUGUUAGGGAGCUCGUGGAACGUACGAAGCUUGAUGCAAAGUGGGACGGAGUAAUCGUACCUACUACUCUCGAAGAAUAUUGCUUCGCCUCUCGACAGCAACAGUCUGCAGCGAAAUCACGGCAGGAAAGUGAAGAGGCGAUGCUUUUGGAUGAAGAUGAUUACUGCUUUUGUGGCGACGAUGAUGAGGACUUGGAUGAUUUCGACGAAAUUUAUGGAGAGGCGAAGAACCUGGAUGAAGUUGAAUGUGAAGAUAAGGUAGUCGCUUGCCACUGUGUAACUGACAAAUCUCUUCCCUCGAAAAGUGGUAUUACCACCCCCUCUGUUAAAUCCUCGGCGGAACCUAAUUCGCCUUCCACAUCUUUUAAAAGCUAA